UUCUUGACCUUCCCUUUCAAUUGGCCGGAAUCAGUCUGUCGUGUAGCUGCAAGCUACAUUCUUCCAAAAGUAGUAGAAAAAUGCUAUUAUCUCCGCUGUAAAUGGUAUUGCCAACGAGGUAUUUACCAAAGUGUACAUAUAAAGUCGUCUUUUUACGGGAACAAUGGUGAAGUACUUUGCCUGUGUGGGUCUUCUGAAAAGUUCCUGGGACCAAGUCUGUAUUGCUUUCUGGGAGCGAUACCCCAACCCCUACAGUAACCAUGUCCUAACGGAGGACAUCAUCUUCAGGGAUGUAACUCCCGGUAACCGUCUGGUCUCUAGGCGACUGCUGACCAAAACUAACCGCGCCCCGCGCUGGAUGGAGAAGUACCUGCCGGUUACCAUGGCCAGGCACGCCUACAUCAUCGAGGAUUCCAUCGUGGACCCCCAGAACAGAACCAUGACAACGAUGACUUGGAACAUCAGCCACGCACGAAUGAUGUCUGUGGAGGAGCGUUGUGAGUACAGAAUUAACCCUGACAACACCAGCUGGACGGAGGUUAACAGAGAGGCCUGGAUCUCGUCUAACCUCUACGGGCUCUCCAGAGCUAUACAGGAAUUCGGCCAUGCCCGGUUCAAGACCAGUGUUGCAAAGACCAUGAAAGGGUUUGAAUACGUCCUGGCCAAAAUGCAAGGUGAUACCCCCUCCAGGACCCUGGCUGAGCAUGCUGCAGAGAGGGCCAGGGAGACGGCUCUGGUAGCUAAAGAGAAAGCCAAAGGCCUGGCCUCACAGGCUCACAAGAAACAACAGUAUGUCUGAGCUGCCAGUGUAGGGUGAAGUUUCCCCUAGAUGCUGAUAAGGUUAGGAUUGGGGCAGGGGAAGCUGAUCCUAAAUGUCUUCCAAGAAACUUUAUCCUGGAGCCCGAGGUGCCAGUGGGAGGAAGUAGACAUUGGCCCCUGUCAGACCUGCCUGGAUUCAAAGACUAUUCAAGAAUAAUUUCAACUACUUUAUCUGGGAUCGAUUUUAAGUGUGCCUGGAACCAAUAGAAUGCUGAAAACCCCUGCUCAUCUGGCACUCACGGCAGGCUCAAGCAAUUACAAAAACAAAAACAAACAAAAAAUGUUGAAAAGUAUUUGAUCCCAGAUCUGUUUGGCACAAACUGCUGGACCAGAGUCAGAUCUUAUUUACCUAAUGAUUACAUUUGGAGGUAGGGGAAUCUGAUCCCAGAUCUGUUUGGUCCUAACUGCUGGACCAGAGUCAGAUCUUAUUUACCUAAUGAUUACAUUUGGAGGUAGGGGAAUCUGAUCCCAGAUCUGUUUGGUCCUAACUGCUGGACCAGAGUCAGAUCUUAUUUACCUAAUGAUUACAUUUGGAGGUAGGGGAAUCUGAUCCCAGAUCUGUUUGGUCCUAACUGCUGGACCAGAGUCAGAUCUUAUUUACCUAAUGAUUACAUUUGGAGGUAGGGGAAUCUGAUCCCAGAUCUGUUUGGCCCAAACUGCUGGACCAGAGUCAGAUCUUAUUUACCUAAUGAUUACAUUUGGAGGUAGGGGAAUCUGAUCCCAGAUCUGUUUGGUCCUAACUGCUGGACCAGAGUCCGAUCUUAUUUACCUAAUGAUUACAUUUGGAGGUAGGGGAAUCUGAUCCCAGAUCUGU